AUGAAUGAUGAAAAAUCACCUUCGAAAACUGAUAUGCAAUUAGUGUUUCGGAAAUUAAGGUCCUUAACCGCAAAUAAGUCUUGUUUCGAUUGUGCUGCUCGCAACCCAACAUGGGCAUCAAUCACUUACGGUGUUUUCAUUUGUAUUGACUGUUCUGCCGUUCAUCGAAACCUUGGAGUGCAUUUAAGUUUUGUUCGCUCAACUACUUUGGAUACCAAUUGGACAUGGUUACAUCUUCGUAGUAUGCAAGUUGGUGGUAAUGCAAAUGCGGAGCAGUUUUUUAAACAACAUGGAUGUAAUACUACUGAUGCUCAGCAAAAAUAUAAAAGUAGAGUUGCAAACCUUUAUAGGGAUAAAUUGGCCAAUAUGGCUCUUCAGGCCCAUCGUUUAUAUGGCACAUCGGUUUUCAUGGAUGAUAUUUCCACUGUACAUUCAGUUGUUGAAAAUGAAGAAAAAGAUUUUUUCACACAAACAUUUGAAGCUCAUCAUACUAAUUCUUCUUCAUCGAUAAGCCAAGAAGCAUAUAUCAGGAAAGAUGACCAAAAUGAUCCAUUUUCAAAAGGUUUUUUCAUCCUGGGUAAUAAAAAGGGUCUGGGUGCGCAGCGUGUAAAAGUGAAUUUCCUUCAAUUGGAACAGAACGCAGCUGAAUUAAAGGAUGGAAAGGAUAAUGAAAAUCUUUCCACAGAUGCUGCUGGUGAAGAAGUUGUACCAAGUGGACAAGAUAAAUACUCAAAUCUUCUUUUUAUGCAUACUUCCAAUUUUCAAGGAAGAGCUAAUAAAAAAACAGAAAAAGACGAGAGGCUUGGCAUGGGUAUAGGUUUUAAUAAAGUUAAUGUGAGCCAUUCAAUUGCUAGUGGGAUACGCUCUAUACACCAAGAUGGAAUUUCACGAGGUAAAGGUCCGACUGCAACUAAUAGAAAGAAGGAUAAUGAUUGGGAGAUCAUCGACGAUGAGAAGUAUACUAUUUUUAUACAGAUUUUUUUGCUUCAGGUUUCGACCAUAUUUAGAAGGCAAGCGAUCUCAUCACGUAUCAUGGAACCUUCAAAUGAAAAUUUGUUGAAAAAAUACGGGAAUGCUAAAGCAAUAUCAUCUGACCAAUUUUUUGGUGUGUUUGAAGAAGAUUUUGAAACACGAUCGAAGUUAAGUAGCUUCGAGGGAUCGACUGGAAUUGGCAGUGCUGAUCUUUUCGGCACUGAUGAAUCUAAACGAAGCGUUUAUAAUACUUACACCAGUCAAAUGCCUGAAAUGGCUGAUAUAAAAGAUAGUAUGCGUAUCGGUGUAAGUAAAGUUGCUGGAAAAUUAUCUUCUCUUGGCAGUUCAGUUUCGUCUUACCUUUCUGUAAGCUUUUCUCAAAAACUUUUUCAAAUAUUGAAUUUAAAAGGAUAG